AACGGCAUAGAUCUACUGACGUCACAUAUGAAGUCACACAGAUCAUAUGUUCACCGGCAAGAUGGCGCUCAACAGGGCAUACAGCACCUCAGCUCUACUCUCCACCCUUAAUAAUGUGGGGACGCGGGCACUGGGGACGUCAGCACCACAACUGGCGGCGGCCAAGACGAAGGCAUCGCUAUCUAGGCCAGGGACGAAGAACAUUGUGUUGGUGGAUGGAGUACGCACCCCCUUCCUCAUGUCUGGUACUCAGUACCAGAAGCUGAUGCCUCACGACCUGGCCCGACACACACUCAAGGGUUUGGCAUCUCGCAUUGGACUGGAUAAAAGUUGUGUGGACUAUAUAUGUAUGGGAACUGUGAUUCAGGAGGUGAAGACUUCCAAUGUUGCACGUGAGGCAGCCUUGGGGGCAGGCUUUUCUGACAAGACCCCAGCCCAUACUGUCACUAUGGCCUGCAUCUCCUCCAACCAGGCUAUCACCACUUGUGCAGGCAUGAUGCAUGCUGGUGUAUAUGAUGUCUGUAUUGCUGGUGGGGUGGAGUUCAUGUCAGAUGUGCCCAUUCGUCAUUCACGCAAGAUGCGGGAACUCCUGCUCAAGCUCAACAAGGCCAAAACAACAGGUGCUCGGUUGAGUCUUCUUUCCCAGCUGUCAAUGAAGCACCUGAUGCCAGAUCUUCCUGCCGUAGCCGAGUUCUCCACCAAUGAAACCAUGGGCCACUCUGCAGACCGUCUUGCUGCUGCUUUUAAGGUAUCCCGAGAAGAGCAGGACGAGUUUGCAGUGCGCUCCCACACUCUGGCUCACAAAGCCCAAGAGGCUGGCCACCUGUCAGACCUGGUGAUUUUCAAGGUCCCUGGUGUAGAUCAGGUUGUGGAAAAGGACAACGGCAUCCGCGUCUCUACCCCGGAACAGAUGGCCAAGCUCAGACCUGCCUUCGUAAAGCCACAUGGCACCAUUACUGCAGCAAACGCUUCCUUCUUGACUGAUGGUGCAUCUGCUUGUCUUAUGUGUACAGAAGAAAAAGCCAAGGAGAUGGGAUGGAAGCCCAAAGCUUACAUCCGUGACUUUACCUACGUUUCUCAGGACCCCAAAGAUCAGCUGUUGUUGGGACCAACAUAUGCUACCCCGGUGGUUCUAGGAAAGGCUGGCCUAAAGAAUUCAGACAUUGAUGUUUGGGAGAUCCAUGAGGCAUUUGCAGGUCAGAUGCUUUCCAACUUGAAGGCCAUGGAUUCUGAUUGGUUUGCCAAGACUUACCAGGGACUCUCGGAGAAAGUCGGUGCUCCGGAUGUGGAUAAACUCAAUUUGUGGGGAGGUUCAUUAUCCAUUGGUCAUCCAUUUGGUGCUACAGGUGUGCGUCUGAUGAUGCACUCGGCCAACCGGCUCAUUAAAGAAGAUGGCCAGUACGCUUGCAUCUCUGCCUGUGCUGCUGGUGGUCAGGGUGUUGGCAUGAUCGUUGAACGGUAUCCAGGUGCAACUGUCUAGGCUACCAAGGUGAUGUCUGGACCAGGUGCAACAGUUCACUGUCUUCAAAUAUUUUCAAUGAAAUUCAUGGAGGAAUUUUCUCUGUAAUAUGUAAAUUUUAGUGCUCCAUGUAUUUCUACUUAGAUAUAAGAGACUGCAAUUAUCAAUGCAAUAUUUUUAGUACUGUAUGGUAUAAGGCAUUCCCAAAUUUGCUAAUUGUGUAUGCAAAGGUUAAUAAUUUGUUUUAUAGAUAUGUACUGUACUUUGUGUGUACAAGGUACUUCCAUAAAUGCUAAAAAACAAAAGCACUUUUAUGUAUCAUAAAGUCAUUAUCAUUAGUUUAAGCUUAUUCAUCAAGCCAUGUAAGCAGAGCACAUGGUGUUAAAUAUCUUAAAUAACCACAUUUAACUGGCCCAUUAAAUUGUUCAUAAAUACAGAAGACUGAAAACAACAGCAGCAGCACACCUGAAAACAGGAUUACUCCAUCAUAUAAAAGAAGUUUUAUCACCUGAAUAGUGGUAGUUUGAGUCUUACAAGUGUUCUGAUCUACAAAAACGUCUAUGUGGCUGCCAGAAAAAGUUUACACAGUUUUAACAGUUGUGGAAAUUAUUAAUCGCUUGGAAGAUAGAGUUGUCUUUUGAGAAAGUUGAGGCUCACCAGUGAACUAACAAACCUCUGUGUAUGUUAUCAUUACCAUCUCAUAACCCAUAAGAGACGGGUAAGUGUAGUACAGUUAUUGUACUUACAUUGGUAAACUUGGCUAUUA